ACUUGAUAAAGACGACCUUCUGGUGAAAAGAUUGUGGUUCGACUAUCGUAUCUUCUUGAUCCCAUUUUCCUAAGUCAAUUGAUAGAUUUCACACUUCAAUUGUUUCUAUUCUUGAAACUAGAAAUUGUGUGAAGUUGAUCUGGCUUCGAUGUGGAUUCUCACUAUAGGAGCUUUGAUAUUUUCAAGAUUUCGCCAGAGAUUUCAGAAAUUCGCGAAAGCCAAAAAAUUUACCCUGAAAAUUGAAGCCAUACGAAGCCAAAACAUAAACACUUUGACAUAAAAGCUAUUGUUUCGUUUCGAUCAAAGGGAUAGUGAAGGUCAGAAUGGAUGCUGAGCGUGGGUCAGGAAAGUUAGAUAAUAAACAGCAUGACUCAAGACCCAAAAACCAAGGCGCUAAUGCAAAACAAAAAUCACAUAAAGGUCAGAAAUACGUCCCUGACAAAAGGCAAAAGGUAGAGGAUAUAAUACGGCCUACAUUUAAAAUUGACUUAGCUGGUACAGAUUGGGUAUUAGUAUUCACCAACAAGGGAACUCAUUUCUUCUACAACAAAACCACCAAGGAAUCCCAUUGGAGAGUUGAGGAUGCUGAAUUGAAUAAUUCUAUGAAAGAGAUCGAGAAAGAUAACCUUUUGUUGCUUAUUGCAAAGUCUAGAGGACUUAAACUUGAUGAUGAUGUUGAGGAAAAACUCCAACAUGAAUUGAAAGCAAAAGAAGAAUUUGUAGAGGAACCUGGUCAAGAUGAUAAUGAUCUAAUCAAAAACUUGGUAGGUGGUAGAGAGGAUUCUACAGAUCAAGUUGUCAUGAAGAGCACAACCCCAUUGGUUUCGGGUUAUUCUUCAAGUGAUGAUGAUUCUGACGAGGAUGAAGAGAAAGCGAAUGAAGACGAAGGCGAAAAAGGCCAACAGAUUAAUGUGGACCCAAAAGAUAACUCAAUUGAUGAUAUCAACCAAAUUGAACGUAUCACUAAUGACGAAGAGACUCCAUUAGAAGAUGGUGAAUCCUCCGAGGAAGAGAAUGCUUUUGAUCUUGCUGAUUUAGAAGGUCUCUCGUCAGAUGAAGAGGAAAAGACAUCUACUCAAGACUCUGAACUUCUAUUCCUACAGUUACUCCAAGAAUCAUCACUCAAUCCAUAUAGUCCUUGGGAGUUAGAAUCGCUAAAAAUUAUAAAUGAUUCAAGGUUUCAUGAAAUUGAUAGUAACAAAGAAAGAAAGAGGAUUUAUGAUCAAUGGGCCUCUGCUGCAGUUCAACAGAAAGAGAUCAAUGCUUUGGCACAAGAAACAGCUGAAGAAGCAGAAGCUGAGGAAGAGCCGCUUGUCGAAUAUAUCAAGUUUUUGGAAACCAAAGAAUUGGAAAGAUUAUAUGUUGAUUUCAAAAAGAAAUGGAAGAAACAGCUAAAAAAGUUGAAACUUGGAGACAAAGAUAAAGAAAAGAUCUAUAAAGAAUACAUCAUAUAUAAUAAGAAAUCUGAGGAUGAAAAAGCUGGAAUUUUCAAAAGUUUUUUAUUGGGAGCAAAGAUCUUCAAAAAGAAUGUCCAAGAAGCAAGUGACUUAUCAAUACUCCAACAAUUCGAUGACAAUAAAGUGAAGGAGUUAGAUUUCAAUUCAGCUUACAAAGCCUUACAUCAAUUAGAAACACAGCUCAAUGUCUCCGAUAGCUUGAAAUAUAAUACAAAGUAUUAUAUAGUGGAGAUAAGGAAACGAAUCUCACUGUUAGUUGAAGUUGCCAAACUUUACACAACUUAGUAUAAAAAGGUCUACAAUUUGCAUAUUUUUAGGAUAAACCAAAAAAAUGAACGAAGUCUUUAUUUCAAUUAAAAAAAUAAACCGAGAGAGCUUCUCCCUCUUUCCAGAUUGUGUCUUUUGAUAUUUUGUAUGUUGUAUGAAAAACCACCUUGAAAACUAAUCACAUAAACUCAAACUAUUUGUAAUGGAGAAAUAAAAAAAACCAACCUGUAAACUCUAAAAAUACAAUAUUUAUGAAACAUCAUCAUGAAUGCUUUAAAAUGAACAUACGAAUGAUAAAUGGUGAUAGUAAUGAGAACAAAUAAUGAUAAUGUGAAUAACUGGGAAUGAUAAUGAUGAUAAUAAUGAUGAUGAUGAUGAUAAUGAACUAUGACAUGGAACAACUAGU